UUAACACUAGAUCAGUGUUCGGUUGUGACCAAACAAUGGAUCUUUGUGUUGCAUUAGUAUAUCUGUUCGGAAUUUUAUCGAGUUUCGUGUCAUCAGAAUUCUACACGUCAAUCGAGGGCCGGGAAGACUGGGAACGUAUUGUGGGGGGCACCAAAGCACCCAAUGGAUCAGUACCUUAUCAAGUAUCCCUACGAUGGUUCGGAGUAUGGCAUUUUUGUGGGGCUUCCCUCGUCACUCCCAGGGUCAUCUUGACUGCUGCACAUUGCGUUGACAGGGCAAGACCAGAAUACCUCAAAGCCGUUGUAGGCACAAACCAGCUCCGAGCGGGCGGCAAGUCCUACACGAUCAGGAAGAUAGUCCCUCACGAGGAUUACGACGAUGACAUCAUCAAAAACGACAUAGCCAUCCUCUUCACUGAUGAGGAGAUCGACUUCGGCAGUAUCGUUGAUGCUGUAGAACUAAAUGACGAGCCGGUAGAAAGAGGAGAGGAUAUGAUGCUCACUGGAUGGGGGACUACUUCUUACCCAGGCCGCCUGCCCAACGAUCUGAUGCAGCUGGAUCUGAAAGCCAUCACGUAUGAAGACUGCAAGGAAGCUCAUAAGAACGUCAAUGAAGUCUUUGAAACCCAGAUCUGUGCGUUGACCAAAGCUGGAGAAGGCGCUUGCCACGGUGAUUCUGGUGGUCCGCUGGUGAGGGAAGGGCGUCAAGUUGGCAUCGUGUCUUGGGGUAUACCGUGCGCACGAGGCAAGCCUGAUGUUUAUACAAAGGUGGAAGCCUACAUGCGUUGGAUAGAGAAGACACUAUAUGACGAUGACGAAGACCACCUCAAAUUCAUACACAAGAGAAGGACCAAUAGGCACAGAAGACUGAACAUGACAUCUUAAAAUCCCACCAAUGAAAUCUGCCGAUUUAAAAUUUGACUUUUACAAGUUUUUGUGUAGUUUCACCUGUCCCGAUGUUUGUUUGUAUAAUCUUGCAAGUUAUAUGUGUUUCGCAUACUUAGUUGUGUAAAUUUCCCGACCGCUUGAACGCGACGUGGAGCGUGUCGCACAUUUUUUUAAUACCUAAAGAAUCUUUUUAUUUUUAAUUAAACAUUUAUUAAAUUAACAUUGUACCAGUACUUUACUUAUUUAUAAAAUAGGAUAAUUAAAUUGAUUACUGUGUAUGGUACAAUUUAACAUACAGUAAUGAGAGCCCGCGGCGGAGUUCAAAACCCUCGUGAAAUUCUCCCAGU